CCCUCGCGGUUGCCUGGAUACGGGAUAACCGACAGGGGGCCUCGACCGCAGCUCAGCCGGAGGGGUGAGCAGGCGCGGCUCGGGGAGACGCGCGGGGAGACGCGCGGAGCCGUGUCUAUUCAAGUCAAAUACUGAACAGCUUCCUGGCGGAGAGGCUGAGAAUUGUAUACUUGCUUGCUUUAAAGCAUCCCAAAUAAGAUGAUCCACUCCAACACCUCCCUUUUACAGGUUUUAAAAUAUUCUGAUAACUAUGCCUGAAAACAAGACAGUUUCCUCUUCUUCCACUAGAGAUGAUCAAACCAAUACAGGUUUAACAUGUCAGGAAGUAAAGGCUCUCAGAGAAAAGGCAUGGUCAAGGACAAAUGAAGACAAUGCCACAUCUCAGAGUUUGGUUCUAUAUGGAGCCUCUAAGGAGAACAGUGAAAGUUUUCAUGAAAGUAAAAUGACAAAUACUGAAGGGGUGAAUAAAGGCAUUUACUUUAGCUACCCAUGCCGACGUCACAGCUGUGCCGUAGUAAACAUCCCAGCACCUUGUGUCAACAAAAUGAUUUCACACAUCCAAGAUGUGGAGUCCAAAAUACAGGAGCAUUUGAAAAGGUUUGAAACUUCUUUUGAAGAAUGGAGCAGAACUUCCACAAAAGACCUGAAAGAAGAUUGGAGUGUAGCUACACCAGUGAAAGAGGUCAAACCAGAAGAAAAGAGAGAUGAAAAGUGUCCAGAGUUAAAGCAGGAAAUGGAAACAUUGCUCUCAGAGGCCGUUCAUCUCAUUAAAAGUCUAGAAACUGACCGGGCAGAAGCUGAAGCAGCUUUAAAACGACAAAGAUCAAGAAAGAACAUGAUUAACUUGAAAAUUGACUCUUGGUCAGUCUGGAAACUUCAAGAACUCCCAUUGGCUGUGCAGAAAGAACACGAGGCCUGUUUGAGAGAUGUUAUAGAGUUACAAUGGCAUCUUGAAGAUAAAGUUAAUCAACUAGAACAUUUUGCAAAACAAAAGACGGAGUUAGAAGAAGCAAAUGCAAAGAUUCAAGCAGAUAUAGACUACAUGAAUGAACAUGGCCCUCUACUGGACUCUAAGCGGAAUCAGGAACUUCAAGAUCUGAAGAACCAUUAUAAAAAAAAAAAGGAGGUAAUGGACCUACACAGAAAAGUUUGUGAAGAACUUGAAGAAGCUUUAGAAGCCUGUGAAAAUGCCAGACUGAAGGCUCAGCAAAUUAAAGAAGAGAUGGAUAAAGAUAUUCACCAGGAUGAAAAAAGCAUAGAGGCCUACAAGAGAGAGAUGUAUCAACUUACCAGUCUGUAUGAUCAUUACUCUUCAUCAGUGAUAAAUGUUAAUACUAAUAUUGAGGAGAAGGAAGAGGAAGUGACUGAAGCAAUAAGGGAAACAAAGUCAUCAAAAAAUGAAUUACAUUCUCUUUCAAAAACGCUGGAAGAUUUGAGAAGAGUUUAUGACCAACUAAUCUGGAAGCAAAAAAGUCAGGAAAAUCAGUAUCAGGAAGCAGUUAAUGAUUUUUAUGCUGCAAAAAAAACAUGGGAUAUUGAGCUUUCUGAUGUUGCAAAAGAUUUUUCAACUAUUUCUUUGGCAUGUACAAAACUGAUGGAAGACAAUAAAAAACUUGGGAUUGAUAUUAACAAAAUAACAGAACAAAUCAAUGAAAGUAUAAGGAAAAAAUCACAAUAUGAAUCUGAAAUAAAAUCUUUGACCAUGAUGAAGUUAAAGAAUGAGAAACAUCUCAAGAGCCUCUAUAGGGAGGCUUAUCGCAUUGGUACUGUUUUCCACCUAACCAAACACAAGACAGAUGAAAUGGAAGAUAAAAUAGCAGAAGUGAGAAGAAAGUUCAAGGGUAGAGAAGAAUUCCUGAAAAAACUCACUCGAGGUGAAGUGGCUGCUGGAAUGGUGCUUCAGAAAAAACUGUAUUCCAUUUACGAAGUCCAGGCACUUGAGCGGAAAGAGCUUUUGAAAAAUAGGGCAAUAUGUGCCAUAUCACUGGCAGAACUACAGGAACCUGUGCUUCAACUGGAAGAUGAAGCUGAAAGAAUCAGAACUCUCUACAAAGAACAUUCUGCUGUACUUAAUAAUAUACUUGAUCAGAAAGAUUUAAUUAGAAGAAAGGUGGAAAAAGUAAAGAAAAAAUUACGAAAAAAGGGGAAGAAAACACUUAAUGCACUAAUAGAAACUGAGAGUAAACGCUCAGCAAUUUUUAAAGACUUAGAAGCAACUAAAAGUAAGACAAUGAUUUUUUAUGCAAAAAUAAAUGAAUUGAAUGAGGAAUUAAAAGCAAAAGAAGAAGAAAAGAAAAGUUUUGAUCAGAUACUUGAAGUGUUAAAGAACAAAUUUGUAACUAUGAGAUUUAAAAGGGAACAUGCCCAAGCUGUGUUCGAUCAUUAUAUGCAAGAGAAAAAAGACUGUGAAGAGAGAAUCUUUGAGGAAGAUCAGAGAUUUAGAGUGCUCCUUGCUGUGAGACAAAAAACUCUUCGAGAUACCCAAAAAAUAGUAGCUGAUUCACUUGAAGAAAAUCUGCGUUUAGCUCGAGAGUAUCAACAGCUACAGACUACAUUCUUAAAGGAAAAGGACAAUUAUUUCACUAUAUAUGAUAAACAGCUAUCACUUGAUACUUCAAUUAGAGACAAGAAACAGCUCUGUCAGCUGCAGAGAAGGAUGCACAGGCUGUGGCAGGAGCACUUCAAACUGGUGGUCCUCUUCAGCCAGAUGAGGCUGGCCAACUUCCAGACAGACUCUCAGGAGAGUAUUCAGAAAAUAUUAGCUGUGCAGAGUUUCAUCCUAAGCAGAUUUGGAGAUGACUUUAUUUGAAAGAUAAGUAACUUGAGACUAGAAAGUAGCUGUGGUUCUAGAUGCAUGUGAGAUUUUACUCCUUGUUUCAAUAAAAAUAUUUAGCAGAUACAUUGUUUAAUUUUAAGAAUGAUAUAUUUUAGAAACUCACAUUAACUAUGUGAAGACAAUUCUUAAAUAUUAGUCAAACUUUUUAAAAAUUAAUGUUUUACCAUAUUAACUGUUACUACAUGUAUAAAACAUGACCUCCCAAAGAAAAACACAUACUACCUUACUCUAUUAAGUAACAAAAACUAGAAUGCCUGUUCUAUGAAAAACAAAAACAUAAAAUCACACUUUUCAGUAAUAUGAAAUGAAUGCUGAACCCUAAACCAAAUCUUUUUCUAAACAUUUUAUUAUACAUGCACUUCAUAUUGCUUUUAACUCGAGUAAAGAAGAUUUUGCAAAGCACUUGAAAAGCUAUGAAGCUAUUUCAAAUUUCAUUUCUGCUGUUGUCCUUUUUUUUGGUAUUUUCUUCUGAGGAUUGUGUGUGUGUGCACUUUAUAUAUGGGAUGUAUUGAUAAUGGGUUAUAACAAAAAAUUUAAAAUAAUUGAAGAAAAAGGAAGAUUUUGAAAGGCAGUGCUUACCACAUGUAGAUUUAAUCAAAAUUUAUGUACAAGCCUGAGUACAAACUACAAUUGCAUUAUUUUAGAAGUCAGGAGCGUCUUGUUUUCCUUAAGUCUGUUAAAAUGUAACACAUUAUACGGUGGCUAGAACCUGUGAAUCUCUUUUAAAUAUUUAAAGGUAAUCUGCAUGUUCUAAUUAGUAUCUUAGAAAAAUCUAUAUUUUGGUCCAAAUGGUCUUAAAAAUCUACAAAUGAUAAAUUCUCACUGUGAAUUAUUAUGUAUUUUCAAAUAUUUAAAAUGUCAUUAGAAAUUAUUUGAAUAUCAGUAAAGUGAUUCUCUAAUUCAUACCCUUCAAUAAUCCUUGUUUUAAUUUUUAUGAGAAUUUCACCAACAUACAGUUUAUCAAACUUGAUUUUAAAUUACUUCUUUGUAUGGCUGUUACAUAACAGUGGGAAUGAAGGGAUGGGAUAGGAUAGGUAAGGAAACUCAACUACUCAGCAUCCAGAGACACAGCAGCAGCAUAAAUUAGUACCUUAUUUUCUUAUCUAUUGGAGAUGGCUUCCAUUUAGAAUAUUUCAAUUUUGGCUUUUAAUAAAAAUGUGAGAAUACAAUUUUCAAAAUCUUGCCACAAAACAGUAGAAAUAUGCAAUCCUCUGGGGAAAGAAAAAUCAAGGCUACAACCUUCAGCAUAGUACACAACAACCUUCCUGACCAGCUCAUGCUAAUCUUCCUAGCUUCAUCUUCUCUCUGCUUCAGUUCUUUAGUAUGUUUCAGCCACUCCAAAAUUCUUACUAAUUAAGAAACUUGCUGUGAAACUCAUUCUUCCUUUUUUGUGCUUAUGCUCUUCCCUGUUUCUGCAAUACUCAUUUUUAUCUUGCCUGUUUAAAAACAACUGACCAUCAAGCUACCAUUGACUUUCUUCACAGAAUUAGAAAAAAAACUUCU